UAUAAAGGGAGGGUGAGCGGUGGGGGGAACUCCGAGCGCCACGUGGAGGGGGCAGCGGCGGAGCUGGGCGGCGCCGCCAUGGCCUCCAACGAUUACAGCCAGACCGCGACGCAGAGCUACGGGGCGUACCCGGCCCCUCCGACGCAGGGCUACUCGCAGCAGAGCAGCCAACCCUACGGGCAGCAGAGCUACAGCGGGUACAGCCAGCCGGCCGACGGCGCGGCCUACAGCCAGAGCAGCUACAGCUCCUCCUACGGACAGGCGCAGAGCACUACGGGGGCGGGUCGCAGAGCUCCAGCUACGGGCAGCCGCCCAGCUCCGGCUACAGCCAGCAGUCGUCCUACAGCAGCCAGCAGCCCUCCUACAGCCAGCAGUCCUCCUACAGCGCGCCACAGAGCUACAGCCAGCAGAGCCAGUACAGCAACAGCGGCACCUCCAGCAGCUACGGGCAGGAGCAGGCGCCGCUGAGCGGCUCGGGCGGGUACCAGGAGCAGAGCUACGGCGGCGGGCAGCAGGAGCGCAGCCGCGGGAGAGGGGGAUACGGCCGCGGAGGAUACGAGCGCGGAGGCCGCGGGAGCCGGGGCGGCCGAGGAGGCAACAUGGGACCAACAAGAAGACGGGGCAGCCCAUGAUCAACCUGUACACGGACCGCGAGACGGGCAAGCUGAAGGGCGAGGCCACGGUCUCCUUCGACGACCCCCCCUCGGCCAAAGCCGCCAUCGAUUGGUUCGACG